GCGUUGACAGCAGCGGCGGCGGCGGGACGCGGCGGGCGGGCGGACGGGCGGCGGGGCUCGGCGCCUCCGGUUCCUUCCCCGGCUUCAGAGGCAGCGGCGUCCCGGGAUGGCUUUCAUGGAGAAGCCGCCGGCCGGCAAGGUGCUGCUGGACGACACGGUGCCGCUGACAGCGGCCGUCGAGGCGAGCCAGAGUCUGCAGUCGCACACGGAAUAUAUCAUCAGGGUACAAAGGGGAAUUUCCACAGAAAACAGCUGGCAGAUUGUUAGAAGAUACAGUGACUUCGAUUUACUUAACAACAGCUUGCAGAUUGCAGGCUUGAGUCUGCCUCUUCCUCCUAAGAAACUGAUUGGAAACAUGGACCGUGAAUUCAUCGCUGAGAGACAGAGAGGCCUGCAGAACUACCUUAAUGUUAUCAUGGCAAAUCAUGUCUUGUCCAAUUGUGAGCUGCUUAAGAAGUUCCUGGACCCGAACAACUAUUCUGCAAACUACACUGAGAUCGCCUUACAACAGGUUUCCAUGUUCUUCCGAUCAGAGCCCAAGUGGGAGGUGGUAGAACCACUGAAAGACAUAGGUUGGAGGAUAAGGAAGAAAUAUUUCUUGAUGAAAAUUAAAAACCAACCAAAGGAACGACUGGUACUGAGCUGGGCUGAUCUUGGUCCAGACAAGUACUUGACAGAUAAAGAUUUUCAGUGUAUAAUCAAACUUCUGCCUUCCUGUGUGCACCCUUACAUAUAUCGGGUUACCUUUGCCACCGCUAAUGAAUCAUCAGCAUUGCUGAUUAGAACCUUUAAUGAAAAAGGAACGUUGAAGGAUCUGAUCUACAAGGCAAAACCAAAGGACCCCUUCCUAAAGAAGUACUGCAACCCGAAAAAAACCCAGGGUCUGGAACUCCAGCAAAUAAAAACAUAUGGACGGCAGAUAUUAGAGGUACUGAAGUUUCUCCACGACAAGGGAUUCCCUUAUGGCCACCUUCAUGCAGCGAAUGUAAUGAUGGACGGCAACACUUGCCGGCUGCUCGAUCUUGAAAACUCCCUAUUGGGUCUUCCUUCCUUCUACCGAUCCUACUUCACACAGUUCAGGAAAAUCAAUACAUUGGAAAGUAUAGACGUCCACUGCUUUGGCCAUUUACUGUAUGAAAUGACUUAUGGACGACCUCCAGACUCCGUGCCUGUUGACUCCUUUCCUCCUGCACCAUCCAUGGCUGUGGUGGCCGUGUUGGAGUCUACGCUGUCUUGUGAAGCCUGUAAAAAUGGCAUGCCUACCGUCUCCCGGCUCUUACAGAUGCCAUUAUUCAGUGAUGUUUUACUAACAACUUCUGAAAAGCCACAGUUUAAGAUUCCCACAAAAUUAAAAGAGGCAUUGAGAAUUGCCAAAGAAUGUAUAGAAAAGAGACUCAUCGAAGAACAGAAGCAGAUUCACCAACAUCGAAGACUAACAAGAGCUCAGUCACACCACGGGUCUGAGGAAGAAAGGAAAAGGAGAAAGAUCCUAGCUCGAAAGAAAUCGAAGCGAUCUGCGGUUGAGAACAGUGAAGAACAGCCAGUGAAGCACAGCUCCAAUAACUCAGCAGGAUCUGGGGCCAGCUCACCUCUCACAUCCCCAUCAUCUCCAACUCCACCCUCCACAGCAGGGCUGUCUUCUGCAUUACCUCCACCUCCUCCGCCUCCUCCGCCUCCACCAGCAGCUCCCUCGACAACCUCGGGCACAGAGAUGCCUGUCCCGCUCCUGCCCCAGGAUGUGAAUGGUGUGAAUCGUGGAGCCUUGCUCAGCUCCAUCCAGAAUUUCCAAAAGGGAACUUUGAGGAAAGCCAAAACCUGUGAUCACAGUGCUCCUAAAAUUGGCUGAUGUUUCCUGUUUACACUGGGAGGCCAAGCUCUUCUGUCCCACUCCCACCCAAGUCCCUCUUCCUAGUUGAGUCCUUGCACAGCCUCCCUCAAGUCCCUUUCUGGGGCGAGUCCGGCAGAGCCAGUACAGCCAGUCUUGCCGACAUACUCCAAGAGGAAAACACUCUCCAAGUAGAACAAAGUGGGGCUAGCAUUGCUGCCUUAACAGUUUGCUCCUGUGACUCUAAUGGGCUUCCUUUAGGGGCAGCAGCAUAUGGGAAUUAUUUUCACCAGCUAAAGGAAAAUGACAGAAAACAAAAGCAAUGAUGAUAUUCUGUCACAGCAGUGACUGGCCUGUUACUAUCUCUGCCACUCUAUCGAAAGUGUUCUCACAGUUCAGUCUUCUCAAACAUUUUCUGGUCAUUUCUUACGUAGUUCACCUCAGACGCUAACACUGUAACCAAGGCAGUUAGUUAUACUGAGGCAGAGAAGCAAGAGCUCUCUCUUGAUUCUUCCUUCUACAGGAGGGGGGAGUCUCACUGUGGCUGACAGCAGCCACUCUGGAUUUACAGUUCUUUUCAGUUAGAAUGUACCAAGACAGACGGGAAAACAUUAACCACAGAAAAAGCUCUUGCCAGUUAAAGGAUUGUCUUAAUUCUCAGCAUUUAAGUCAGGUUGGAGUAGAGGGAGAGUCAUUACAAGUUAAUCUGGCAUCAAUGGCAAUCACUUCUGAUUCGAUGUAUCCAAUUUCAGCAUCUUUUUUGAUGUUACUCAGUUAUUAGAAGUCUUUCGUUCUGUGAUUUGCUUAAACCUUUAAAUAAAUUGCACUUUAAAGGAUUAUUAAAAAUCCACGUUAAAAUUCAAAUACACACAUCAGUGUUGGUUACUAUGCAGAAAGAAUGUCAUUGUGUAUAGUUUCAUGUAAUCUGUGAUACAUACUCAGCUGUAUUUUUUAUUAAAAUAAAUCAUGUUAAGAAAA